UUCUUUCCCACAAUCCUUUGCGCUUAAAUAAAUUAGGUUAGCAAGCCGGCACUUUUGCGUUAGUCACAGAACCACGGAGAAAAUAUGUCCAGACCAAGAGUUUUCUUUGAUAUCGCCGCUAAUGGCAAGGGUAUUGGUCGUAUUGUAAUGGAACUGCGUCCUGAUGUAGUCCCUAAAACAUCGGAGAACUUCCGUGCUCUAUGUACAGGUGAAAAGGGCUUUGGCUACAAGGGAUCUACGUUCCACAGAAUAAUCCCUGGUUUCAUGUGUCAAGGGGGAGACUUCACAGCACACAAUGGCACUGGAGGAAAAAGUAUCUAUGGAAACAAGUUUGAAGAUGAGAACUUCCAGCUGAAGCACACAGGACCAGGUAUUUUAUCCAUGGCCAAUGCAGGCCCCAACACCAAUGGCAGUCAGUUCUUUAUCUGUACGGAGAAGACCACUUGGCUAGAUGGUAAACAUGUUGUGUUCGGACAGGUCGUCGAGGGCAUGGAUGUCGUCAAGAAGAUGGAAGGAUUAGGAUCCCAGAGUGGAAAAACAUCACAGAAAGUUACAAUUGAAAAUUGUGGCCAGCUAUAAAUAUAUAUUAUUUCAAGAAAAAUUCUUAGUAAUCAGCCACUCUUAUGAUGAGAGCAUACUGAACACUACCUAACUGUGACAGUGCUAAAACAAGUGCUUAUUUCUGCAGAUUUAGACCUAUUGUAAUCACAUAAACAUUCACUAGCUUUUAUGUACUUUUUAAGAUUCAGAGACUAAUCAUGUGAUCUUUUUUGUUUACAUUUAAUGGUCUUUUUAUAAGUUAGAUAUUUCAUUUGAUAUUAGUUUUGAAAAAGGUUGUUGUCGUGGAUUACAUUCUGGAAGAUCUGUAUCAGAGGUGAAAUAUUCGGAAAUAAAAUUUCUUUUCUUAA